UAGUUAAAGCUGUUUACGAAAACGAUAUGAAAAUGGAGGUAACCAGCGAACCAGUCCGGCAGUCGAUUAGUGCCUGGUGCAACAACGUGUUAACGAUUAACCUUUGACAAGCGGCUUACGCGUUUCGCUCGUACAAUUUUAUAUAUUGCAAAAAUUGUUGCAUUUUUAAUCUUAACCGAAGUAUAUUUUAUUUCACUCCAGUGUACAGAAAAUUAUCCAAUUCGUUUCUGGUAAAAUCGCUCUUUCUACGACGAUGGCGGCGUCUUUGGGGAGAAGCGCCGGCCGGAUAUUCGGUUUGACCGUCGCGAUAUCGCUUCUAUUUUUAUUUUUUGUUGAAGUUUCAUCUCAAUCUGAACAAAUCCUAACGUUGUCUGGAUCGCGAUGCAGAUGUAUUUCGUUUUUAUCAUGCUCCGCUCUUGACACUUUGGAACCAGGUUCGGGGGAGCGUGGUUGUUCUGAUGACUUAGCUUGUUGUCGGUUACCAGAUGAUGACUCGUCGGGAUCAAUCGCCAAUGAAAACUCAUCACAUAAUUCUCAUACUGAAAGUUACCAACCAAGUAAUCAUAACCAAAAUGAAUAUGAAAACCAAAAUAAUAAUCAACCACAAAAUCAAAAUCCUACUGAAAGUAAUACAAAUGGCAAUAAUCACAACAAUGUUUGGAUUAACGAAUGUGGUGUUGGAAUGCCAUCACCUUAUGCAAAUAAUUUAAGAAUUGCAGGGCCUACAGAUAAAUCAACUACAUACUUCGGACAAUUCCCUUGGAUGGUUGCUUUGCUAAAAGUUGAUAUAAAUAAGAACGAAAGAGUAGAAAACGUAUUUCAAUGUGGUGGAACAUUAAUUCAUCCAAAAGUUGUUUUGACAGCUGCUCAUUGUUUAAAUGGACAAAACCUGGAGCUAAUGAAAAUCCGAGCUGGUGAAUGGGACACGCAAAAUAGCGAAACCGAAUCUGAAAAUUAUCAUGCACAUCAAGAACGACAAAUUCAUAAGGCAUACAUGCAUUCAGAGUUCACUAACGGAUCAUUAUUUAAUGAUCUGGCCCUUCUCGAGCUCGAUUCUCCUGUUGAACUGGAUGGAUACAUAAACAUUAUUUGCCUUCCUGAGUCAUCCUCGGACUUUAACCCUCAAUCUUGUGUAUCUACAGGUUGGGGUAAAAACGGCUACGGACAAUUGGGUCAGUACCAACAUUUCCUUAAAAAGGUAGAAUUGACUAUAAUGACGAAUGAUAUAUGCCAGCAACAAUUGCGAGCGACUCGUCUUGGUCAGUUCUUCCGAUUGCAUAACAGUUUUAUAUGUGCGAUUGGUGCUAAAGGAGAAGAUGUAUGCAAAGGAGAUGGCGGUGGACCAUUGUUAUGUGCUAAGAAAAACUCACCUGAAAAGUAUAUACAAGUUGGUGUUGUAGCUUGGGGUAUUGGCUGUGGGGAUGAAAAAGUACCAGGCGUUUAUGCUUCGAUCUUAUCUAACUUAAAGUGGAUAAAAGAAAAAUUAAAACUGGCUACAGAAAAUUAACAACUUAUAAUUUAUUCUUAAUUUUAUGAUGUGACAUAUUUCUAUUAUACAUAAUUAAAUAAAAUAAAAAAUAUAUUUAAAACAUGUAAUGAAAAAA